AACCAGUCUAAUUUGUCCUUGAAAAUAUUCCGCUUCCUCAACAGCACAUGACAGUUUGAAUUAAGUCAUUUCGUAGUUAAAUAUAAAAAAAAAUGUCGUUUGAAAAUAAAGGUACAUUUGGAAGUUUGUUUGGAGGCUAUUCAUCCUCCGAUCCAAUGAUGAAUGUUCCAGGUAAGCAAAAAUAUCAAAAUGAUUCUCUAAGUGCGUACGGUUCUCUAAUUUCGAUGCGACGUCAUUUUUCAGUUACCUCUUCUCCAGCUUCGUCUGUUGUUUCCCCAUACUUAAAUGUCGAUCCAAGUAUUCUUGGUGUCGGUGGUGACUCUCAGUUUAUUCUCCCUGAAGGACAGAGUCACACUAGAGGUCGUUUCGAGAUGGCAUUUAGUCAAAUUGGUGGAAGCGUGUUUGGUGGAGCUGUUGUUGGAGCAACUACAGGUUUAUUUCGCGGAGUUUCAAAUACUUCUCAAUUACAAGGAGCCAUUCGUCGAACUCAACUCUUGAAUUAUGUAACGAAACAAGGAGCUUCCACUGCUCAAACACUUGGUGUCGUUGCUUUUAUGUACAGUGGAAUAGGUGUCAUCUUAUCAAAAGUCAGAGGAGCUGACGAUGAAAUGAAUACGGUUGCUGCAGCUACACUUACCGGUACUUUAUUUAAGUUGUCAGGAGGCCUUAGAAGUUGUGCUAGAGGAGGUCUUGUUGGAUUUGGAUUGUCAUCAGCUUAUUUGUUAGUUACUAGACUCGAUAGAAUAAAGCAAAUAAUGGGAAUGAAAUAA